AAAAAAAAUCAACUUUGGUGAUCAUUUGUCUGUUUUUCGCCGUUGUUUCCUCUCCAUUUUCUCUCUCCUCUUAAUAUUUGUCUAUAAUUAUUUAUUUAUGCCAUUCUUCAUUUCUUUUUCUCUUCUUAUUAAUCCCUUUUCUCUCUCUGACACACCCAUCCCAUUCUUCUAGUUUGUUGCAGAUUUCAUUCAUAUUUUCUUCAUUUUCUUUUCCUUUUUCAGAUCUAUUGGAAAAACAAACUUUCUGUGACAACAAGAGGAGAGAGAAAGUUGUGUAAUUGAUAUUUACGGUUAAAAAAGAUGGCAGAAGAACAUGGAUUUCAAGCAUCAGAAGGGCUCAGAUUAUGUGCAAAUAAUUGCGGGUUUUUUGGAAGCUCAGCAACUUUAAAUUUAUGUUCCAAAUGUUUUAGGGAUGUACACAUGAAAGAAGAACAAGAUGCGCUUGCUAAAGCCGCUUUAGAUAGCACCAACCCCGUCCAGUCGGGCUCAUCCACCCAGUCGGCCAGUUUUAAACUGGCUGGCCCGGCUACGGUGGAUUGGACAUCGGCGGUUGAGACUCCAACAACGAUGAUCUCAACCGCCGAUGUCCAAGCUGGGCAUGUGGCUAUCCCGUCAACCCAACCUAACCGAUGCUUAACAUGUCGUAAACGGGUUGGGUUGACCGGGUUUAAGUGUAGGUGCGGAUUGAUGUUCUGUGGGUCCCAUCGGUACCCCGAACAACAUGGGUGCACGUUUGAUUACAAGACCAUGGGCAAAGAUGCAAUUGCAAAGGCUAACCCGUUGAUCAAGGCAGAGAAAUUGGAGAAAAUUUGAAGAAUUAUAGGAUGACUAAAUUUGGAAAACCCCUCAAAUUAUGAAUUUCAAUGAAUAUUUUCUUGAGUGUAUUUGUGGGAUAUGAGAUCAAUUGUCAUAGUUGAUUAAAGAUGGGUGGGGAAAAAAAAUGGAAAAUUUGGGAAUGUAAUUUUUUUCCUUCCCUUAUUAGGCACAUAAUAUUGAGGUGGAUUAAAAAUGUUUAGUAUAUACUCUAUUAUCUUCUCAUUUCUAAUA